GAAUCUCUUUAUUAUCUCAACAUGGACACAGAAUCAACUGUCACCAAAGAAAAAAGUAGAAGUUUGUCGGGAAAUCAAGAAAGAAUUAAAGACUUUUUUGAAUUUUCUAAACCACCUCAAAAUAUAGAAUUCUUUGAGGAGUUGUUGAUGAAUUUUAUUUCGGAACAUGAGAAUAGCAAUAGGAAAAUUGUCCUUAUUACGAGUGGCGGAACAACUGUACCCCUAGAAAGCAGGACUGUCCGCUUUAUUGAUAAUUUUAGUGCUGGAACAAGAGGAUCAUCCUCUGCUGAGCAUUUCUUAAAGAAUGACUAUGCAGUAGUUUUUUUGCAUAGAAAAGGUUCAUUGGAACCGUUUAAAAGAUCUUUACCACCACGUGACUUCUUAGAAGCUCUUACAGUUACUAAAGAUGAUGUUGUUCAAGUUAAGCCUUCCUACUGUUCAUUUAUCAAGAAAUUAUUAUAUGAAUAUGAGAAAUGCAAGAAUGAGAAACUAUUGCUGAGCAUAUGUUUCACUACAUUGGAUGAAUAUUUGUAUCUCCUGAAGCUAUGCUCACAAGGUCUCAGUAAUUUAGGGCCAAGAGUUAUGUUCUACUUAGCCGCAGCAGUUUCAGAUUUCUACAUUCCCAAUAAUGAACUGCCUGAACAUAAAAUUCAGUCCAGUGCUGGACCUUUGAAUAUUAAAUUACAUUUGGUACCUAAGAUGCUAUCGCCCCUUGUUUCCGAGUGGGCAUCCUCUGCCUUUGUAACCUCCUUCAAACUGGAGACUGAUCCUAAAUUGCUUAUACCGAAAGCCAAAAAGGCGCUAGAAAAGUACAAACACCAAGUGGUUAUUGGAAACGUAUUAGAUACGAGAAAGCGGGAAGUCUACUUAGUUACGACCGAAAACGUAACUCCCAUUCGAUUGAAAAAUUUCGACAUCACCAAAGGUGUCGAAAUCGAACAAUAUCUCGUUGAACAACUGAUUAAAGAUCAUCAUAUCUUCAUUAAUUCGAAUUUAUCGAAUAAACGAGAUCAGAAGAAAAAAACUGAACAAUCACACGAAGUCGACGUUCCUGCAGAAGAUAUUUCCAGCACAUCUUAA